AGGACAGCUCACUUCCCCACUAACUGACAGACUCAGAAUAAGAGGAGUCGUCAGGAAAGCGUCGCCCAUAUGUCUUUUAUUUCUCUGUGAAUCCAAAUCCAUCUCAGCAGCAGCUGUUUGGGACUCUGCGAUGCUUUCACAAAGAGUCUGGCUUCAAACUGAGAGUCGUCUGGUCUGCCCCGUCCACCCUGACAUGGCAAGUAAUGCUCGCAUGACUGUCUGUAUUUCCUUCCUUCUAUCGGCGUCUGUUCACAUCAGCAUUCUUCAAGCGUACGUCAUUUUUGUGUUAAUGACAGCAGCCAGAAUAAUCCCUUCUCUCCCGAGUAUGUGGAUUUGUUUUCUAAGUUAUUAUCAAUUAAGGCGAGGGCUGACAUUUCACUGUUGCCAUUGUUUAGACCCAGUUUUGUGUGUGUGUUCCUGUGUGUGUUUCUGUGUGUGUAGAAAUGGCCCCAGUGGAGAAGGACAGACUGUGUGCAGAUGGGUACACAGCCAUGAAACCAUCCAUGACUUCUCUGAGCGGUGACAAAACAAAGGAAUUGGCAGGUAAAGCUCAGCUUUUGAGUUUGUUUGGCAGGAGAGAUUCACAGUUUUCAGCUUGAUCUCGUUUUAUCAUUUAACCGUCAGACUAUCUUUGUCGUCAUGGUUUCUAAUUUAAGAUCUCUGUGUUCUUGUCUUCAAUCUGUGCUCUUCUACUUCCCUAUUAAUUCUCUGUUUGAGGUAAUGUAAAGUGUCAAAGAUUAAUUGUGAUAUUUGAACCGUGUAGUUUUAAUUUUACAGUUAGAGAGCUUUAUAAGAACCCACAAAACUACAUAUAAACACAGACGGGUUCUGAGUGAUUCUGUGCUGGUGCUUCAGCCACAUCUGAAUUUGGACAGUUAUUUAACUCUGAUCCUUUUUCUUCUUCUUUUUGAAUUAUUUUUGUGUAUUAAUUAAAAAAGUGAUUAUUAAGCACAAAAAGGAAAAGAGGAAAUAAUUCAGAGACAUUUUUUGUUUGUGGUCAGAGAAAGGAAACAGAUUUUGGUACAGAAAGUUUAACCCUUUCAGUUUAGUUCUUGUGAAAAGCUCAGGUUGAAUUUUUCUGUUCAGGACAUGAUCAGGUCGCAGAAAUAUUUCAGAAUAUGAAUAUCAGUAAAAUUGUCUUUUUUAUUAUUAGUAGUAUUAUUUGUAAAACAAACUUUAAGUACAUUAGAAGUCUCUCAUUUAUGGGUUUUGAUUUAUGUUGACUGUCAGAGGAAGUUGUUUGGUGUUUUUUGAAGAAGUGAUCAGGUCGAAUGCUCCCACUUUGAAAGCUCUGCAAGGAGUUUUCAUGUCGUGUUGGGUUUUGUGAUCCUUUUGGACAAAAUGUGUUGUGUUUCUCUGAGAUUGAUUAAAUUUCCCACAGGCACCAUCAUCCACUGUUGUAAAGAUAUUUAACCGGUUUAUUAGCCAACUCCUAGUUAGCUUUCAAAGGUGAUGAACUAGUUUAACAUCACCCGUCACAGCCCAAGUAUCGUGAUUUGUGCUUUAGUGUCUCAAUAAAUUGACUCUUUCGUUCUCAUUAAGCAAUGAAGCAUUUACAUCUUGUCAGAAACAUUAAAUCCCGUUCGUAGGCAUUUUUUCCCAAAGCCCUGAUUAUCGAGUUUCUUCAUCUAAAAGAAUAUUUCAGUGGAAAGGUUGUCUUUUUGCUUAUCCUGCUUCAGAUUCAGUUACAAGAAACAUUAAAAGAAAACUAUCUCCUGUUUCUAAACUUACUUCAUACUUCCAAACUCCUGCAGCGUUAUGAGCAUAGACGCUUCCAGGUGAACGUUAAAUCUUCACUCAGCUUUUAUUUGAAAAAUCUGACCGAACACAAACACUCAAUAUGAAAAAGACGCUAUUUAUCUCCUGAUACCAAUCUGACACCAAGUAUUGAUCUAAAAUUGAUUUUAUUUAUUUAAUAAAUGUUUUUAUGUAUUUGUUUUAACGAAUAAUAAUAAAGCUCUCAGUCUCAACAGUUGAUCGUGCGUCCAUGGCGACGAUAUCCUCAUCAGCCCUCUUAUGGGUUGAACUAACAUUAAACUUAACUAAACAAUAAACUCUCCUUUGUUUCUGUUAUAAAUAACAUUAAAUCUACUUUUUGUUUUCUUUAAUUUGAUUGAUGUCUCUCACACUUAGCUCCUUGUGUUUCAUUCUUGACCAAAGAAAAUAAGGGGCGGUCUACCUAACCCUAAAAUGAGUCAUUCUUGUUAUAUUUUGAAGCACAUAUAAAAUUAAAAUAGGACGUUACAACCACUGGCCUGAAUACAGAGAAGGUAACUGGGGCACUGACAGACACAUUAACAGCCCUGCAUAGCUUCACAUUCAUAAACAAACACAGCUGACAGGUGCAGCAGCGUAAAUAUCAAGUGCAUUUACCCGAGUCCUCUGAUUGGUUGGUUGGGCAUGAGACCCUCCCAGAGCCACACUGCCAUGUCAGAUUGUCAGAUCAGGUUCUGAAGAGUUAACUUUAUCUAAUCUGAAGCAGUUAUUCAGAUUAGAUAAAUCUUUCUUUCUUUCUUUCUUUCUUCUUUUUUUAUCUCAAACUUUAAGAACAACGACAACAACAACAACAAAACAUCUAACAAAAUAAUACAUAUGUACACCAAACAACUGAACAUGUCAAAGAUGAAUUUACACAACAUAUGUAUGUCCAAAUAAACAGUUUAAAAAGGAACAGAAUGAAGCAAAAAGCUCAUCUAGUCCCGCCCCUUCCUUGCAAAUUAGAGACAUCUAAACUGAAAUCUGAUAAUCGAAUUUCUCUUCAUGGUCUAUUUAUGUGAAGUUUGUGAAGAGACGUCAGUGAGGCUCUGUCAAAAUCUGAUGUAAACUUUAACUUGAACUCCAGUUUCACUACCCUACACAAAAAUCUGAGUGGUUAACUUUGUGGGAUUGUCUCUUUUGGGUCAAAUGGGAACUUUUAAUACAAUCAAUUGAUCAGCCGUUUUGUUGGCAUUACCUUUUUUGGUUCUGGAUAUCUUGUCUAGAUGUGAUAGAGGAUUUAUAUGGUCAGUUUGGACCCCACUGAGCAGCAGCUUUAGUCAAUCAAACUAGUUUUCUCCCAGUUCAGCUUCGUCAGCUUCUUUUAUGAUGAAACUUGCUGAGUAAUCCUGUCAAAGUCGCCGCUCUCCUGUUUUGCAUUUCAGUCUCAUCCCGUCCUCUUGAACUGCUGCAUUUAUCUGCUUUAUCACAUCCACUACAAAACCGUCAGGCAGAGCAGGAACAAGAACAUCGCACCCUUGAGUGCUGUGGCUUUCUCCUCACAGACUGCUGAGUGACUGAGUGGUGUGGCAUUUCCCCUCAGACCAUAAAUCUUGGCUUGAAUUUGGAGUUUUGUUACUUUAAAACACAUGUCCAGUGAGAAUUUUCCCACAGCUUCAACAUUUUUUUUUUGCAGCUACGGACAUUACAAUGUUUGCACCACUCUCCGUCAGACAUGAAAUUGAGAGAGUUGUGUCUGUAAAGUCUGCUGUAUCGAUUUGAGGUUGUACUUCAGGUACAAACAAGACCGUAAUCAAAUCUCCCCGAGCAAACAGCUGGAUGGAUUGUAAAGACUUAGCAGAGAGAGAGAGAGGGGGGAGCCGGUGUGAAGAAAUGGGUGACAAGACAGAGGACACACAGCCAGACAUAUUUAUAGACAGUGAGAAAUUGAUACUGAGAGUGUGCAGCAGCAGCAGCAGCAGGCAGAGAGACAGAGAGCAGAGGGGAGAGAGAGAGAGGGGGAGAGAGAGAGAGUGGGAGUGGGCAGGGCUCGAGGUAUGUGAGAACAACAGCACGCCGGGCCAGUGGGACAGAGCGGGGGGAGUGAAACGAGAGGAAGGAGGGGAGGAAGAAGAGGAGCGUGUGUGGUUAAGUGCCUGCAAGUGUGCGUGUGAGUGUGUGUGAGUGAAAUCAGACGGAGACAGUGUCCAAGAGGAAGACGGCCAGCCGGGGGAGGGAGAGAGAUGCUGGUAGGAGAGGAUGAGGAGUAGCAGGGCGAGGCAGCAGCAGCAGCAGCAGCGAUAGAAAGAGAGACAGAGAGAGAGAGAGGGAGUGUGUGUGAGUGUGUGUGUGUGAGUGUGUGUAAGGAACAGUGUGUGAACAGAGGGAUGCAGUCAUGUCUCUGUGAGAGGGAGCAGCACAGCAACCGUAACCAUGCUCAGCCCCAAGAUAAAACAGGCACGCCGGGGUAAGAACAGUCCCUCCUCCUUUUUUUUCCUCCAUCCCUCCUCUUUCCUCCAUCUCUCUCUGUCCUCUCUGUGGUCCACCUUUUUUUCCUUUCCCCCCUUUUUUUUCCUCCUUUCUCUGCAGAGCUCCAUCUGCCCUGCUGUCUUUGUGAUAAUGUUUCAUUAAUAUUGCUGUCAUUGCUUUCACUGAUAAUGACAUCCUAAAGGUGUGACCGCCAUGUUAGCCCUGAAUCUGAGUGACCACUAGGACUGGAAAUGACCUGAGGUUUUCUUUUUUUUUUGCAUGAUCUGAAGAGUUGCAGGUGGAGAGUGUGUGGUCUGGGUGAUGUCAUCCUCCCCUCUCUCUUGGUUUCGCCCUCUUUAUUCAUGUGUAGAUUUGAUCCUGAUGGAGAUACUAGAGCCUGUAGUAAAUAUGGCUGCUGGUGGGAUAACCCUCCCUCGAAUAGCCCGGCACGUUCACACCUGAACACAUGACUUCAUCUUUUAUUUAUCCAGGCGUUAUUGGGUUAAUUUUCAGCUGAGCAGGUGACAUACAGACAGGAAUGCAGGGCUCUCUCCUGCUCCUGUAAAUCGCGACAGCUGACUGUCAAACAUAGUUCCUCUAACGCGGGGUAAAAUCCACUCGAAAGUCGGGACACCACACAUGCAUGCCUCUCACAUGACUGAGUGAAGAUGGAUAAGGAAGCUGUAAAUCACAAGAACAGCUCCUGGCGCUGAGAUUAACAUGACGGGGGGUAAAAAUACUUGCAGGGCUCGUUGCAGCAGGUGUUUCAGGUAGCUUUGGGAGUUCUGACAGUUGCCAGCUUUUCUCAAGGAGGAAUAUAAGUAUUGGUUUUUCGGAGAGGAGCAGGCGCGGAGGCAAUUCCACCCUGAUAGAGACGAGAGAGGGAAAACUGAUUAAUUCAGAGAAUUUGAAUUAACUUCACGUUUUAAUUAUUAAAGCUCCUGUGAGGAGUUUUUAGCUGGUAAUGAAAUGGACUGAAAUGACUACUCAUGUAUUUAUAUGAUCUACUACAUCAAACCGGACGAAAUACAAGAUUCAUGAGUUUUAUUUAGUUGAUCUCUAAAUUAGAAACCACUACCUCUCAAUACAAUUCCACAAACACAAACACUGUUCCACCUUUGCAGCAUGAGUGCUUCAUGGUGUCUGGUUCUGCUCAGGAUUUCCACCUGUUACUGUAAAGGGAAGUUUUCUCUUGUUGCUGUAACCUGCCAAAUGCUGCACUCAUGAUGGGUCAAGAUAGGAUAUGAUUGAAUCUUGUUUUAAUGUUGUUUUUUUAGUAAAUAGACGCCAUCUUCCUCAGUAACGCCCCUUUUACCACCUCAUGUGUUAAAUUACAGGCUGAAUGAUUUCACGCCAAAUUUCUGCGUAUCUGCUUUUACAAAUUGCGAUCGAGGCGUAAAUAUUCCACCUUGAAAUGCUGAUGUGUAACAGCAAAAAUACCAGAUAACACAAUGAAUUGGCCAUGGUCAUAUAGUCAGGCUAAGACGUGCACACUAACAGCACGGUUGCACACUGCCACAUCCCCCACACCACUCCUACCACCAUCCCAUUAUGCUCCUGUUACCACCUCUAAUGGCGGUCCAGGGGUGGAGCAGCCUCACCCCACUAUUCUGCCACAAUGUGUUACACAUUACAGAUGAAGCACAGCAGGAAGUAAAGGCUGCAGAUGCAUUAUCAUUUUUGAUUGACGUGUGUUUUAAACUUGCAGAAAUUGAAAUAUUUAACAUAGCAGCUCGUUCUGGUGAAGUCCUGUUGUCUUAUUGUCAAAUCUCCUGCUUUAAACUGGCAAUGUGUAAAAGCAUGAAGUGAGCUACAUCACUGCAGAGAUCCUCUUUGUUUCUGUUUUCACUGCAGUUAUUCUUGAUAAAUGAUCAAAUUGAAGUUAAAAGAUAACAGGAUGAGAUAUUACAUCAGGAAACAAAGAGACCAGAGGCUCCAUGUAAUCAAAGGGGGAACUAAAAUCAACCCAUGUCAGGUUAAAAGUUACUCAUAGAGGCUUUAAAAUGAGAUAACAUAAGAUGAACCUUGUUGACCUUCCUCCAGGAAGAUUCACCCGAUAGAGAUGUUAAAAAAAGCAGAAGAGACAAAGUCAAACCGCGCUGAAAUGGUUCUUGAAAAACAAAACCUACUAUGUUCACAUUUUUCUAUACACAUAGGAAUAUUACCUCUAAUGACGUAUUAUCAAUAUCAUAAAAAAACUAAUCUAUACUCAAUAUACAAGCAACAAUUAGACAAGAAACAUCAGAGUCUCAAACAAGCUCGCACUUUGAAAGGAGUCUGAUGACACUAACUGAGUUAAUAUCCGUAAUAUGUAAAGGACAUCCGUGUACAUAAGCUGCUGUGAUAUAUCUAUUUAAUUGUUUGCUAUAGUCUCACAAAUAUAUAACAAAGACAAAAAAUACAGUCAUAUACAGAAUGUGCAGUCUUGAAAUUUAACCCCAGUUUUCAUUUUUAUUUAAAUAACUUUAUUCACACCUUCAGGAGUGGGUGUUUCGGAGCAGCCUGCAAAAGAUAUAAAUAAACACAACACAGAGAUAAGAAAUAAAGUACAUAUGAGCUAAACCAUGAAAUAAAUCAAUGAAACAGACCGCAAACACACACAGGGAUCAGUCCUGUAAUAAAACAAUAAAAGGUUCAGGCUGUGAAAAGAUAGAAAGUAAUCUCAGAUUUUUAGAAAACUGUUUUUUUAAUAAUAAAUUUUAUUUAUAACGCGCUUUUACAGGAGCUCAAAGAUGCCUUACAAAGAAUAAGAAGAAAAUAAAAUGAAGAAACACAAUUUAAAAUACAGAAAAUUUUGAGAAAUAAAACAGAUGAUGUAAAAGGUUUAAAAAGUCACAAUGAGAGAAAACAAUAAAAGAACAGUUCACAGGUUAAAAGCCUAUUUAAAAAGGUGUGUUUUUAAGAGUGAUUUAGAAGUGUGGGGGUCAGUUCACAUGAAUAUCCCAAAAAAGUUCAUGCACCUGCUUCUAAAGAGAAAGCGUUUUGUUUUGUCUUUCAAAUUCAGCACAAAUAAAUACUCAAAAGUCCAUCAGUGAAGCAGAUUGAAGAUGUAAAGUAAAGAGUCCUUUCUAAAUUUUAAAAAGAGCAAAGAAACCUGUAAUAAACCUUUAAAAAGGGAAUGAAAUGAUGAUGAUUUGGUCAGUUUUGCAUGUCUGAGAGUAAAUGAACAUCACAGGUUAAUUUUCUGGCUCACAGCAGCUUUGAGGACUUCACUUUUAGUGUUUGUCCUUCGUCCCCCCCUGACCGUUUUUGUCUGAUUCCACUCCAGUUGUCAGAGGAAGUCCAUUAAAGAUGAUGUGAAGGGGAAAAACCUCGACUUUCUCCUUCACGUAGACGCAGUCAGGGAGUGCAGCAGCCACUUCAGUUUGCUCGCCACGUUUCAUGCUCUUGCCAUCUCUCAUUCGCUGUAAUGGUAUUCUCCUUUGAUUAGAUUCCCAGCCCUGCUUUCCUCUGACCCUUUUAUGCAGCAUCAUUUAGACCGGAUUCAUAUGGCAGCGCAGAGCUGGAGCAGGAGCCCUGAGAUGUAGGAUCAGGAUCGCAGAGAACUUUAAAGGGAGAAGUCUGACAGGGAGAAUUUCUGAUGUUUGAGGCUUUGUGGACAAAUAUCUAUCGAUAUAAAAACAUUUGAAUGAAUAAUGAAAAGUCAUCGUUAAAGAAACUGUGAAUGCCAAUUAGAGAUGGAAGAAUAUGUGUUUUUAAAGGGCUGGUGUGUAGAGAGCAGGUUGCUUCUAAGUUGUUCAUAUAAUAUAAUAUUUUAGUAAUCUUUAAAAUAGAAAAAAUGCAACAUAAAUGUUUGAGUACACAGAAAAAAAAAGUUAUUUUUAUGUAUUUAUUUGAUAUGGACUCACAGUUUCAAAGACAAGGCUGAUAUUAGCACAAAAAUAACAGGCUAUAUACAGUAAAUAAUCUAAUAAUCUGAGUGUGUUCCAGGUGUGAGAAAAGUGUUUCUCUUUAGCUUCACAUUUAUACUUUGGUUAAAAAGUUCUGUUGUCGUUUCAGUGUUGUAGUGUCUGUCCAAAUGAUGUUUCGUGUCUCAUAAUGGGACAGUCACUGUUUACUAAGGCCAGUGUGUUGACUCUGCUGCCUGUGAGCAGUAAUCUAUAAUCCUAUUAUUUCGUGCUCAUCACAAUCUAAUAUAGCAGCAUGAUUAUCUCUGCCAGUCACAUGUUGUAGAUGGAUUUUAAAUAUUCACGAUAUAAAAAAUUCACUUGGUUAUGCUUUAGAUUCUAUGAAACGGCUGAUAUCACAAUAUUAAACUGAAACAAACGAAGAGAGGACCCAAAAUGCAGAUCAAAAAAGGAUUUAUUUAAAAGGAACUAAAAGAACAAAAACUUACUUACUAAAUUGUCCAAAUUAAAAAAUCCCAAGAAACACAAAUGGCAAAAACCAAAGAAACAAAAUAUUAGAAAUCCAACAAAGGCACAAGGGGACAAAAACACAUGGAGACACUGAAGACACUCAUAAAUACACACACAGUGAACCAACAAGGACACAGGGAAAGACAGGGACUAUAUACUGUAUAUAUACACUCAGGGAAACGAGCCACGAGAGGCAGGUGAGACACUGAAACACAGGUGAGGACAAUUACUAAAGAGGGAAAACUAAAACACUGAGAACAUGAGGGAACCACCUGAAAACUCACAAGACAAGACUACGGGGGAACAGGAACACGAGGGAAAAUCACAAAGAAAAUACAGCCCUGGGAAACACAGAACCAGGGAAAAACUAACUCAGACAGAACAUAUCAUGACAUUAAACUGCAUUAUUCUUAACUCCAGUGAUAAUAAUUUAACUUUCUGUCCAUCAUAAUGGAAUUUUUUGGUAAAACUUGCUAGUAAUUGUUUUAGAUCAGAUAUGCUGCCGCCUGGAGUGAGAAAAAUUAGAUAUCAUUAUAGCAGGAUUCACCAGAGACAUAAUUAAGGCUCAGCGCUCAAAACGAAUCUUUUCACCACCUUCCAAAAACUGUCCUGAAGCAGAUUUAAGUUUCAGUUUAUUCCAGGGAUGCACAAUAUUCUCAGCACAGUGUCUGAGAAUAAUAACCUAAAUAAUACUAAUAAAUAUAUGAAGUUCCAGUCAUAAUUAUUGGCAGGGAAAAAUUCUAAUUCAUGCUGUGACAGACUUUGUGUGCCAAAGUGCAUGACUGGAACAGACACAGAGGAAUCAAAUAUCUUUGUCUAAUGUUUAAUGUUUGUUUCUUCAACAUAUCGCAUAUAAUGACAAGAGCUACAGGUAAUUAAAUUCUGCUACAGGAGAGAUUUGAUAUUCUUUACAAUGAGAAAAUAGUGUGUAUAUACCAGUAUCAAUAUCAGUAUCAGCCAUGGUGAGUUUAAAUAUCUGUAUCCGAUAUCAGCACAAAUCCAAAAUCAUGCAUUCUCAGUAUGUUUAUGUUUGACAUGAUCAUCUUUAUAAUACAUGAUGUAAACUAUUAAGACCAGAAAGUGUGAAUUCAGGUUAAAAGGUUCCCUGAAUGAACUGCAGCUUACACAGACAUGAAUCUGUUUUAAUAAAAAUAUGCUCUCAGGAGUGAUAUGUUAAAUUAUCAUUACCAAUUAUGAGAUAGAAAUGUAAUUUUCUGGACAUGAGGCCAUAACCCUUAGGUGACAUAAUAGUCCCUGACACAAAUUUUAAUUUGAUUUUUAUUCACAGAUAGUUCUGCACUGACGUUCAAUAAAAAAAGGAGCAGUUCCUCUCUGGGAUUUCCUGCCCUUUUUUAGAAUAUAUUUAUAAAUGUACAGGAAGUGAACAUGUCUGCUGUAUUUAUAGAUCCCGCCCCUGCUGUCAGCUCACUGCUUAGUUAAUACUGUCUUCAGGUGGUUAAACCGGAUAGUUCCCAGCAAUCGUGACUCUGCAAAUGAAGGACACACGGGAAAAAAAGAGCAAUAAAAUGUGUAGUCCUGGAAAGCUGAUAAACAAAAGAGAGAGAGAGAGGAAAGAGAGGAGAGAGAUUUCAGUCCAAGCCCUUGCAGAUACCCUCCCUGCUGUCCUCAGCAGAAAGCAAGAUGCAAUUAACAGGAGAAAAAGACGCCAUUGAUUUCUCUCUCCCUCUGCUCUCUGUUUAUCUCUCCCCCUCUUUCUCUCGCUCUAUGACUCCCCGGGGAGCGCUCCACUGUCACUGGUUUUCCUCUAUACCUUUGGCAUACCUAUGCUAAUAUAUAAUCCAUGUUAGGAAUCGGUCUGUAGUAGAUAAAGAACAACCUGAUCCAAAACAGAAGCUCCUCUCUGUCCAGAGAUGAAGACAGAAAAGUAACUGUGGUUUUUAAUAUCUGAAAGAGAUGAUCAAACCAAAUGAAAAGGAUAUUUUGGAGUCAUAUUAAAGUAAGAUGUAUUUGCUGCAAAAUGGAGGCCAUGUCUCGGCAGAUUUACUUAAGAGGGAAUCUGGAUGCACAGUCAAGCUUGUGAGCUUAUCUGCACCUGAGGGAGACGUCUGUGAAUAAUGAUUCAGGAUUUCACUCUUGGUUCAUUUUUGACGCUCAACAAAGACAACAUGCAUCCUCUGCUGUCACUUUUUAAUCUCUCUGUCUGGUAGUCUUACUCCUGCAAACUCACCUUGUUUCUCUGUGUGCGUCUCCCUGCAGCACGGUCCAAGAGCAUGGUUCUUGGGGAGUUGUCCCGGGUGUCCCGGCCCUGCUCUCCUCUGGAUCAGGAGAAAGCCCUGAAGGCCGGCUGGCUCAAGAGACAGCGGAGCAUCAUGAAGAACUGGCAGCUGCGUUGGUUUGUCCUUCGGACUGAAGCGCUGUAUUUCUAUAAGGACCAGGAUGAAACAAAGGCACAGGUGAAGCCCACAAAAUGAUCACACAUGUACAAGUCUUUCAGAUGGCAUCAAGGGUAUCUUCUUUAUAUUUAAAUUAUCCCAGAUAAUUCUUAAUAAUAAGAAUAUAAUUCAGUCCCCCCCUCAUGUACAUACAGAAAACAGUUUCCUGAUGUCUCCUAUCUACCUGAGAAAGGUGCUUUGCUGUGUGUCUGGAUUUAUUCUGAAUGAAACCAGAUCUUUAUUUCCCCCUGAAGGUCUAUAGAUCUACGUUCCCUAUGGUACUAUAACACUGCAUUUUUUAUUAGCCAUGAAAGAGUGACUCUUCACCGGCUGCAAAAAGGAUCAGAUUGUAUGAAACCAGAAGGGAAAAGUCCUCACUUCUCUGUUUAGUUAUUACCUCAGUACACUUCCUCCUCAUUAGUGUAUGCUCUCCAUCACAACUUCCUUUUUAAGGUUAUUUUUGGGGCGUUUACGUUUUAUUUAUAGGACAGCUGUAGAGACGAAAGUGAGAGAGGGCAUAUGGCAGAAGGUCACAACCAGGAGUCAAAACAGAGACGAUGAGCACAACAGCCUCAGUACACAAGGUGUGUGCUGAGACUACUGGGCCAAACUGGGGCCCCCUCAGUCAGAUGAUCUUUCUGUAAAUUAUUGCCUAAAAGUUGUAGGAGUAAUAAUAUGUUUGGAAAUACAAAUUUCAAAUACAUUAAAGCAUAAUGUUUUACAUGCCUUCAUAAUACAUCGCUAUAAGAUGAAUGCUUAUAAUCACGAAUGAAGGACUGUGAUAAAGCCUUUAAAUGCAUUAAUGAUGCAUUACAGGUGGUAGGCCUAUAUAAUGUGUUAACAGUCAGAACAGCCUACCUCAGCUAUAAUAACAGAUAUUUAAACAACGCAUUUAUGCAACCUUCAGGAACUUGUGGGUUUGGAGACGAAUCACAUUUUGCCUAUUACUAAAAAAGUCUGCAGUGUCAUGGCAGAAAUGGCUCGUCUUUCCUUGGUGCUGUUUGGCAACAAAAUAUUACCACAUCAUUUUUGCAGUAUCACAACGUAUUGUUAUUUCCCCAUUAUGAACCCUUUUUACCAAAUAUGGUAUUUUCUGGUUCCAAAUAAAGUAGCAGUAGAACUACUUGUGACAUGUCAUAUUUGGCUUCGACUGUGACUAAACAUUUGCUCUCACUUUGCCAAAACAAUAUCAGGAUAUAUAUCCUAUGAUAUUCAGCCUUAAUAGAUCGGGAUGACUUUUGGUCCAUAUCGCCCAGCCCUAUCCUUUGGUCGUUCAGGCGUUAAGCUACAGCUAAAUAAAUACCCAUCAACACAAAAAUCCUCUUUCUAAGACACCCUGACACACCCACCUUCAAAAGCAAAGUGUCCUGUUAUUGCCAUGUCUUACUCUUUGAUAAUGUGGUAACAUGCUGCCCUGUGGUUCAGCUGUAUGCAUUUAACAGGCGACCUUUGACCCGCUCUAUGUUGGGAGAUCAAAAAUGCAAGUACAUCAGGAUGCGCUGUGGGGAUAAAAAGAUGAAGCGAUGUUCCCCUGAGUCAUCCCUCCCUUCAUCAUCACAGCCUCCCUCUGCUGGACCGCUGCCCAGAGCCCGCUGUUCUCUGAGCGCCAUAAUGUUCGACAUACACUCCGCGUCCAAGUCCAGAACCACUAAUUGAUUUCUUGUUUGGCUCUUGAAGACAGUUGAUGGGGGUGUUUUCCUCAUGCCUGUCUGCCUGUCUUACAGUCCGUCCAUCAGCCAAUCACAUGCCUCUCUUUCCUCCCCCCCCUGCAGGGUUGUAUUCCUCUUCAGGGCAGUCAGGUCAAUGAGCUGCCUGCCAAUCAGGACGAGCCUGGUCGACACCCGUUUGAGAUCGUUCCAGGUGAGUUGGCAUGGCGACUACUCUGUAAUGUGAGGAAGUGAGUGAGCGAGUGAGUGAAGCUUGUUCAAGAGAAGAUACUGGGAGCCAAACAGAAAAAUACACACAUGGUGUUUAUAUAUGUUUUAAAAUAUUUUGUCCCAUGACCACAUAGAAUGAAGCACAAUCACAACUAAUAUUAAAACAUAAUGAACAUAAUGAUAAUGUACAUUGUCGUGACAUUUGUUGUACAAUUUAGUAGUUUCUAUAUUCUCUAUAACUUAAACAAAGAAGGAUAAUAUUGUAGCCAAUGCAUCUCUCUCUUGCAGACGGUGCUGGAGUCAAAUUAAAAAUUAUAAACUGAAAUCAUCCUUCAAAACAGAUCCUAAAAAAAGAUGCAGAUUUUGAUUCAACUGGCCCUUUAUUUUUCUCUUAAACCUGAUAUCUCUUUUGUGUAAUUCACUCUUACGUCACAAAAAAAUCCCAUUAUGUUUGUUUUUGUUGCUGAUUGAUCCGGUUUAAAACUUAUCUCAUAUAUUCUAUGAUAUCAGACUUCUGAGCCAAGAGGUAAGACAAACUACAACAAGGUUAAAAGGUUACAAAGUUUCUGUUCAAUCUGCAGAUGCAUGUAAAUCAAAAUCUGAAUCUGGUUAAUUAUCCUUUUUUAUGGCCUAGUUCUGCACAAACAAGGACUUUGACCUGGUGUUGUGGUGCAAAAACAAUGAAGUUCAAAUGAUAGAAUAUUAUCACAAAAUUAACACGAAACUAGCUGUCUGCAUAAUUAACAACAACACAAACAAAACACUGAAUUUGGGACAUUAAAUGGAUAACUUUGAAGGAGUAUGCAAAGACAUAAGACUUAGAUUCCAAGUUAGUAACUGCGAUACUAUUUUAUCUGCACACAAACUGCACAUCUGUAGGAAAAAAAGUGUUGCUCUAAAGAAUUUGGAACAAGAUUUUUCUCCAGUAAAGCAAAGCUUCAUAAGAAACAUCAGGAACAAGAGUCCCACGACAUCAACAUGAUCCAUUGAGGUGUCCUUUCUGAUUUGUUUUUGAUCAUCCAUCAAAGCUGGUUAUUUCCUCUGUACAACUGAGUCAAAGUGAAACCAGAAUCAACAGAAAUGAAUCAAUACAUCUCCUUAUGAGUCACAGGCUGCAGCACAUGCAUGAAAUAUGCAGAAAAACAGAAAGAGGUGUGUCACAGCCGAGACACUGAGGGUUAAACAAGGACUUCUUUCAUUCUGCUGUGACAGCCUGCUGACAGCAUGAUUACUAUCAGAGGAGAGGACAGCAUGUGCAAUACGUAAGAAAGAAAGAAAGAAAGAAAGAAAGAAAGAAAGAACUUCUUGUAUUUGUAUUGUAUGGAAGCCCAAAGCAGACAUGAAUCUUUACUUUUUAUAAACUUUGUUUGAACUCAAGUUAAUAAAAUUUGAUUUCUUAAGCUCUCCACAUGACGUCAGAGCUCAUUUUCUCAGAUCAUUGUGUUUGCUGGUAGUCUGUUGGCAUCUACAGUAGCACCAAUGCUUUUUACUUUCACCUUGACUGGGCCCCAUUUGUAAUUAUCUGAAGUAUUUAUCUGCAUUAUAUCUGAAUUUAAUUGAAACAAUACAAGCGAGCAGGAGCAUCUGUUUGUGGGCGGGGCUUGUUGGAGAAGAGAGGGAGGGGAGAGGAGGAGCUGAGGGUUAGAGUUUACAUUCUCCCAAAAACUGGAACUUCCUCAGAUCCUGACUACCCCACCUUUAACAAGAUCUAGGUGUAAAAUAUCACUUUUACAGGAACAGGUAGUUUGUACCUCCAGCAAGGCGCCCCCUGUGGACAAGGUGGUAACCACGUCAUUGCUGCUUAUUUUCUCGUCCUUCAGAAGGUGUUGGUAAUUGACAAAAAAUGACCCUUCACUUCCCUUUGAGAGAUGCAUCACUGCUCAUUUCAGCCUGUUUCAUAACCAAUUAAAAACUCCUCACAGGAGCUUUAACAGUCUCAUCACAAAUCCUGCAGACUUUCAUACAGAGACUUUGCACACGAAUAACUCUCAUUCACUUUUGUGUGUUUUGCUGCAUUGUGCAUUGUCUGUGCUUUUGUUGCAUACACAUACUUACAGCACACACACACACACACACACACACACACACACACACACACACACACACACAUAUAUAUAUAUAUAUAUAUAUAUAUACACUGUACAGUCAUGCCUGCCUUACCUGUGUGCAGAACUGCAUGAAUGUCAGCAGUUUUAAUGCUGCUGCAGAGGACCACAGUUGUGAAAGGAACACACUGCAUCAUUAGCACAUGUGCGGUCAUAUUCACUGUAUAGUGUUUCUGGCUGUUGCAGAUAACGUUUUUAAAUAUUUAUGUGCAUGGCCGUUCUGUGAUUUAAGCACUUCACUUAAAGGGCCAUUGCAGCAUAAACUUCUGUAUUCACUUCUUUACCAUUAAUACAGCGUUGAUCCUUAAGUAUUAAGUGCAUUUCUAAAAACUUGAUCUAUCUUGAUCUGUCUUGAGUGUUUUAUCAGAUCAACCUUGUAGUCCAUAUUUCAAGUCACAUGCAUCCACUUAAGUUGUUUUAUCACUGUGUUACAUGAAAAUCAGCUUUUAGGGUCGUGAAAAAACUCAUAAAAUCCCUUGAGGUUGUACUUUCCUGAAAGCCACAAGAGCAAUGGUUGCAUCUGAGUCCAAACCAAGCUGAUAGAAAACACAGUGAUCUGCUUGGAAUAUGCAUGAAAGUCAUACAAACUGUAUGUGCAAAUAGACCUGCAUGGUAUUCUAACAGAGAAGAUGAUGUCCACUGUCACGAUACUGAGAGAUUUAGUCGCUAAAAAGACACAGAGGAAGAGAAACUGAAGAGAGAAGAGACUGAAUGAGAAGCAUGGUGCAGUUACUGGUGUCCACAGGGAACACUACUCUUUCUGGGUCAGUUCUUUUACACACAACACACCUUGCACCACUCUGCAGGACUCUGAAAAUGCAGGGAAGUAAUACACUGUAUGGCCAACACUGAAAAAUCCAUUGGCAAAUAUCUCGUCUAGUCUAACACACAAGUUUAAUUAGAUGGGUUUUUUUAAGUUUCAAAUAAAACACCCCCAAAUGAGCAGCAGCGUUGGUGCUUUUAUCUCUGUGACAGAGCCGCGCCUCACAUAAAUGGAAAUAUUUCAGAUGGUGCGAUCAAAGAAAAACUGAAAUGUCAAUCUAAAAUGUCAGACCCGUUAGUAUCAAGCUGCGUGCCGCCAGAGGAAGAGGAGGCAGAGCUGCCAGGCUGUGUCUUUAUACUUUACAGGGGUGCCGGACAUGAUAAGGUUAUUGGUAGAUGAUGUUUUUUUAAAGUCAGUCACACCUGUUUUUGGAGUAGUUACAUUUAAAGUGCAGUGAUUUGAGCUCAUGUAAGUCUUUGUUGUGUUUUCAGGUCCGUCAGGAGAAAAGGAUCGGACAGGUAUCAGCCAUGAAUCUUACCUCCUGAUGGCCAACUCUCAGAGCGACAUGGAGGAAUGGGUCAGAGCGAUACGCAGGGUCAUAUGGGCUCCUCUCGGAGGAGGUGCGAGUCCUUUUCACACACAGAUGUCUACACAUGGCAGUUUCAAAUGUUAUUUAGCGAAUAAUGAAGCAAUAUCCCAGUAAAUUGUCUUACCUUGUGCAGAUUUUGAUACAUAAACGUGGGAUAUUAGUAGAUAGCACCCCUGAAUCACUUUUGUUGCAUUUCGAGCCUUUUAACUACAUGUAAAAGUCUUCUACUCCUGCUCUGUUGUUGGUUAUUAUCACCAGAAAUUUGAUCUAAAAUUAGUUCUCGUUUGCUCUAAAACAAUAGGAGCUACUUGAAGCCAUUUAUUAUUGUGUGUAGGCGACUAUCUUGGACAAAAGCAAGAGGCUGAUCAUUUAUAGGUGGCUUAUUUAUCAUGGUAUCAGGUUACUGAUUGUAGAUGGUAUAAUAACCAUUUUUGAUACUUACUCUGGAACAAUGAAUACUUCUUUAAUCAGGGAAAAUGUAUAAUGUCAUGUAAUUAUAAUGUCAUUUUUCUGUGUUGGGUAUCUGCAGGGGUCUUUGGGCAGCACCUUGAGGAGACGAUGUCGUACGAGGCCCAGUGUGGCACUCAGCGACAGGUCCCACUGCUGGUCGAACAGUGUGUCUGCUUCAUUCGGGACCACGGACUCGAGGAGGAGGGACUCUUCAGAGCCCCUGGACAGACCAAUCACGUCCGAGAGCUGCAGGAUGCGUUUGACCGAGGCGAGAAGCCAGUAUUUGACAGGUGACACACUGACACGAGCAUUAAUCGAUAACUGUACUAAGCUGUAUUUGUAUACUAGCGAGUACUCUAGAGGAUUCUUCAUGUCCACCUUGUGUCUCUUACAGUACCACCGAUGUCCACACAGUGGCGUCACUGUUAAAGCUGUAUAUUCGGGAGCUACCGGAGCCCAUAAUCCCAUUCUCCAAAUACACACAGUUUCUCUCCUGUGCUCAGCUUCUCACCAAGGAUAAAGCUAUGGUAAUAAGAUGUUAACCUGACAGACACUUUCCUGUUUUUAUCUCCAAACUUUUGAGUCAAGAUAAAAUGUCUUCUUGUUUUGUUUUUAGGGUAUCUCAGAGCUUUGCAAACAGGUGAAAUCCCUUCCUCAGGUCAACUAUAACCUCCUGAAAUACAUCUGCAGGUGAGUAAACUCUGUCUUCUUGUCAGCUGACUGUAUCUGAAAAUGUUUAGCUCACUCGUCUGGUUCGUUGUGUCCAUUUCCUGCUGCUACUUUCCUGUCACCGUUUGAUGACUGAGGACUUGACACCCUGUCAUACGAGGCAAAUGACAUUCAUUUCUCCCACACCCUCACCAUCAGGGGAAGUGACAUCACAUUGACUGGCUGAGUGUGAAUAACUGGAGGUUGUCUCUCACUGAAGUCUGCAUUUAUAUAAAUAUCAUCAGCUGAGCCCACACACCAGCCAGAGCCAUGACUCACUCCUCCGAUUCAUUUGAUUUUUUUUCUGAAUCAAAGGAACGAGAGACUUCCUCCAAUUUUUCAGCAGCCAGCUCUCAUGAAUGUGUUGGAUCUGUCUGUUCAGGUUUCUCGAUGAGGUUCAGUCACACUCCAAUGAGAACAAGAUGAGCGUCCAAAAUCUGGCUACUGUGUUUGGACCGAAUAUCCUUCGCCCGAGAGUGGAGGAUCCGGUUACCAUGAUGGAGGGUGGGUGAUGAUGUCAGUGUUUGUGUAUCUGCUGAUAAAUUUGAGACAAAAAGCUGCAUUUCCACUGCAAUAACUCUCCCCAUGGACCAGGAACUGUUGGAAGUUCUCUGUACAUUUCCACUCCAGGGAACAGGGUCUACAUCCAGUUUUAUGCAGUUUGGAAUCACCCCCAAAAGGUCCCUGCUCCUUGAUAAGCAUUUUCUUAAAGUACAGGGACUUACAGGACUGGAUGCUUUUGGUUUGUCGAGUACCCCCAGCUUUAAGAACACUUACUACUUGCUGUACAAAGAUAGAAACCAGAAAACAAGGGCUAGAAGAACCUUUUCAUCCCUUAAAAAGAAACUCCUUAGAGUGAAGGUUCUUGGUACUUAUAGUAGGAAGAUAGAGUUUAAACUUGGUUUCCAUAGAAUCUAGAGACCAGGAUCAGAACUAAACCCGUUAUUUACCUCCCCAGAAGGUUCCCCCAGCUUUAAGAACACUUACUAUGCAACAAAGAGUUUGAGCAUCUAGAUGCUUUACUAACAAGGGCUAGAAGAACCUUUUCACCCCUUGAAAAGAAACCCUUUAGAUUAAAAGUUCUUGGUACUUAUUGCAGGAACAUAGAGUUUAAACUUGGUUUCCAUAGAAUCUAGAGACCAGGAUCAGAACUAAACCCUUUGUUUACCUCCCCAGAAGGUUCCUGCAACGGGGUAAUACUUUUUGGUACUUUAGAGGGAAAAUUUAAUCCUUAAAUUAUCAUUAAAUCUGGAGACAAUGGUCCGAAUCAAGUCAAUUUAUUUAAGUCCCCAAAGGUUCAUGCUCAGGGUAGUAGUACUUUAUGAAGAAGAGGAACUUUGUGGUGCAUAAACUCUUUGAUUGGUCAAGUACUCACAGGAGCAAAAUAUUCUCUCAUUAGCUGCCAACUAAUCCUUAGACCUUGGUAGAAAGAUAGACAACAUUUGGUAAACCUUGUGGUCUCUUGAAAAUUUUCCUCUGGAACUAAAAGCCCCGGGUGUUUUUGGUGGAAACUCAGCUUUAGUCAUUGAUCACGGCCCCCAGAUUUCACUGCAAGUGUUGUUACUUAACAAUGAAUCAAGUCAGUUUACGAUAACAUGUUUAUGACUUUACACAGGAAGUUCACAAGUUCAGCAUCUGAUGACUGUGCUGAUCAGUGAACACGCCGAACUGUACCAACAAGAGGAGGCUGAAACGGAGAAAAAGGUUCCCCAACAGCAGCUCAGUAAACUCCAACGGGGCAAAGUGGAAUGGGUCUCACAAGAACACGACAUUGACACCCCACCCUCCUCAGGCACAGCCUCCAGUGCUUCCCAAGAGAAACCCCAAACCUCCACCCCUCCUACAGACACUAAACCAACUGAACCAACUGCACCAAGUCCUGUUACAACAUCUGAGAACAUCGAGGAUGAAGAGAUUGAAGAGAAGAGCAAAAGUAAGACGGAGGAGAAAGUGGAUGGGAAAGAAGACGGCAAAAGUGAAGAGAAAGGUGGAGGUGAUCUUGCUGUAAGCCCCAGUAAGCAGUCUAAAGCCCUGCCCUCCUGGAGGACCUCUUUCAAGGGUGGUGCAGCAUCUACAGGGCCAAGGGGGAAGAUUGGGGGGUCGGCGGGGGAUGUGUCAGCAGCCGGCGGGAGCAACUGGCUAAUGAAUGGCCUGUCAUCUCUGCGGGCUCACAGGCGCACCACCUCAUCAGGUGAAAGACUAAAAGACUCCACUCUGUCUCUGAAGGACUCCACCCUCUCUCUUAAAGAGACCACUCUUUCCCUAAAGGACUCUCAGAGGGACUCUGACGAAGACUCCCCUCAGACAUCCCUGGCCCACAGAGCCCUCCUCCAAUCCCACAGACUGUCUGCCUACGACAACGUGGCCCCCUCCAGUCUGAGUCUGCCUGCUGACACCUCCUCCAUCUGGACGUCCUUCGAGAUCUCGCUGGCUGAGCCGGGGGAAGGUGAUAAAGCGGUAAAAUCCGGGCAGGGUCAAGAAAAACCCACAGAGGUGAGGGACAGUUCGAGUACUCUGGAUCACAGCGCAAGCGGUACUGAAGAUGAUCUCCCAGGUACGAACGAAGGUCUGGCAAACAAGCUGACCCAGCUCAAGCAGGAGUUGAAGAAACAGAAGACGAGCUACGAAAGCUGCAUUCGCAAGUAAGACUGAAUCCCUUCCUGUUAACAUGGGAAAAAAAGUUAUUGGUAUUACUUAUUUCUAACUUUAUUUUUUCUCCUGUAAGGUUGGAGGAGUCCUGCUCCAAGUACCAGUCCCAAGUAAACCACCUCGAGGAGGAGCUGGACCAAGAAAGAAAGAAGUUUCAAAUGCUGGAGAUCCGGCUCAGGAACUCGGAGCGGGCGCAUAAAGAUGCAGAAAACCGAAACCUUCUCCUCCAGCAAGAGAUGGAGGAGUUCUUCAAAACCCUCGGGGAUCUAACUACAGGGGCAACACGGACCAACUAGACCAGACCACCCUGCCUUCAUCUGGUCCAUUAAAGAAGCAAAAGAAGGAGGAGGAGGAGGAGCUUAAUUACUGGGACAACCAGCCAGGCCCAAAGCUUUGAAGACCAAAUACCUCUAGUGCAGUACAACCUACCACCGUGUCCUCUUAAGUACAGCCGUCUUGUGCCUACACUGAGCAGUGCUGGUGCCAAACAAGAGCUCCUCUGGACCAAAUACCCCUCAAUUUACCAUUCCCUAACUACUGUCAUGCACCAUAGGUCAUGUAGCUGGCUAUUUACUGACUAGGUUACUCUUUGAGAAAGCAUUAAGCUAAACAUACAGUGCCUUGCAUAUGUAUCAACAUUCACUGGACCUUCCCAUAUGUUUGUACGUCACAAAUGCAAAAUAAAAAGGAUUAGGAUUGAAUGUAACGGACCAAUACAAAACAGCUCCUGAUGUUGAUAUUGUGAAAUAUAAAAAUGCUUUUCCUUCUAUGAAAUCCUCAAAAUCAGGUUCAACGAAUUGCCUUUGGUUGUUUAAAAAAUGGGGAAGAGCCAAAGUGUAGUCGAGUUUCAGGUUGUAAUAUUUUACACUGAGGGUGUUGAAUACUUAUGCAAGGUACGGUAUACAUCUGAGGUAUUGAUGUACCAAACACAUCCUGUUCAUUCCCCUAGAACUUGUACUUGUGAAAGAAAUGUUGUAGACAAAGAAACAACAAUGUGAGACAUUAAAAUUCAACUCUUUUAUUUGCUGGAGUUGAAGGUAGACAGAUUCCAUUUCUGAUGUAUAUAAUUAGUCUGUUAGUGAGGCAAUUUCAGAUCCAAAGGCUAAAAUUUACACGACUGGCCUUAACAAAUCACACCACAACAGGUCUAACUCUGUGCUGUCAGUGAUCGUCCAAACCACCAGAAGACUGCAGCGUCAUCCCAGAAGUGCUGAAUGGCUUUCCUUUUGUUUCCUCUAAAUGUACCUGCACUAAAAACCAGAUUUUCUCAGAGAAAAAACUCAUGCGUAGUCUAUUCUAUCUCGUCUAUUUUGGAGAAGAUGGAAAAGAGGGAAAACACAAAAAGAGGGGGCCACAACAUUGAUUUGGGAUGUAGCCCUGGAAGGGUUCAGGACAUGCGUCACAAUCCCCAAAGUGCAUUCUGGGAGCUGAUGCUAGGGGGGUGGGGGGCAGGGAGGUUACUGCCUAGAGUGCCCGACCAUGAAAAAGGGCAAAAGGGACAGGUUGGGAAUUUGAGCCAUCAAAUACAUCCAAAGGUUAUCAUGGCAGGUAGCAAAUGCCUUUUUUCCUGACUCUCAGAAAAUAUACAAACAUCUACAGUAAAAUGUACAGAUCAAUCACUGGCUAUACUAAUCUAAGAAUUAUAUUGCACAGAAAACAAAAAGAAAUUAAACAAACUGCAUAUAAAUAGUACUUCUGAAUGAAAUGUACAUUACAUACAACAGACGCCUCCUAGCUUGAAAUAAAUAAAUAAAUAAAUAAAUUAGAAAUACAGAAAAUAACUGGAGUUUUUUUCGCAUUUCUUUUGAAUGAUGUGUGCCGUGACAUACAAACUGUAUAGUCAAAAAACGUGUGCAGGUGUGAGGUAGAACUCAGAAAAGACGCACCACGGGAAGUGAGGGGCAUCUGCCACAUAAGAGGACUGAAAAAUCACUGAACUGAGUAAGGGCACUUAAAUUAAAUAUCUUAACAUCAGACUGGUGUGAAUUAUGUCUGAAAGAACCUGCCAAAAGGGUAAAGUGACUCAUUCAGACGUGAGCUGCAUUUCCACUGCAGAAACUUUGACCAGGGACCGGGACAAAGUUCCUGCAAGGUACUGAGGUUUCCAUCUCAGGGACAAGGGUCUUCAAACUCUAGAACUCUUAGUGACUUCAUUGUACCCCCCUUUUCUAAAGAAAAAAAGUUCCUGUUAAGGGAUAGUACUGCCAUCCUCCAGUCUUGAGAACUAAAACCGAUGCUGGAGUGCAGAAAACGGCAAUUCCUCUGACAGUUCCUCAGAAUCAGGAAACAUUUACAGUCUGGUAGAAAGGACGAUAUCAGCCUGUAGGGCCUAGAACAUUAGACUGAGGGGGAACUGUUCUGUAAAUCAUCAAUUUGAAGUUAGUAGGACAAAGAGUUUUGCAUAAUCAGGCCUCACUUGUGGCAUGGGUACGUUGCCAGAGGCGGGCGCUUUGUAGCCAUCGCCUAGGUCAGCAUUUCUAACAUGGCGGUUGCCAUUGUUCAGCAUCACAAUUCUUUUUCAGGAACCAAAGGGUGACUACAUGAGACUGUGUGAAUGUUUUAUACACUAUAGCGCGAUAGUUUGCCUAAUCUUCAGGGACCUUUAGAUAACACAACAAACAGUAUUUUGCUAGAGGAAGCUUGUAAUCCCUUGAAAGUCGCCCCUGGGACCAAAAGUUCCUGGUACUUUUGGUGGAAACGCAGCUUUAGUCUCUGGUGACAUCCCCCCAAACACAGCACUCAUCCUAGCCAGUGGUGUGGCCUACUUUUACAGCGCUCUCUCAGCAUCGUUGGCUCCUCACUUAGCCACAUUUCUAGUCACUUACAUUCACCCUGUUCUUCCUCACCCCACAAACCAUCACCUACAAAAUACAUCCAAGUAAAUAAAAAAAGUUAAAUACAGUCAGUUUACAGUAUGUUAUAGUAAAAAAUAAGAAAUUCAGUGUCAGGGUAAUAGACCAUUCGACUGCUUGCCAGGAUGCACACAAUCAGAGGUGACAUAAUACUAAGAAAUUUCUUGGAUACACCAAGGGGACACUUUCUACAAGAAAGAUGAGGAACAAUAUGAAAAUAAAAUCAUCCAUUUGCAUUUGGAUCAAAGAUGAGAUGUGCUAUAGUCUAUUGUUAAAUUGGUGUCAUUCAGAUGUCCCUAAAAGUACAACAAAUGAACAAUUCAAAAAUAUAAUCAACAUAAUAUUGCAGUGCUAACAGUGAGAGUCUCCACUGUGUAGCAGCAGCUAAAAAACAGCACUGUGUAAAAGUUCACUCAGAUCCUUCUCUUUCAAAACAUACAUCACAGUUUCACAUCAAAACAUACUCUGAUUCUUUGCAGCAAAAAUACAGUAAUAAUGAUACAAUUUAAACCACAAUCAUUUACAGCAGAGUGGGGGAGGGGAAAUAAAAACAAACUGUACAUUAAAAGCGUAGCUCUACAAACUAACAUGAGAAGUUUCAUUGGCCGAAACCGUCUCCCAUCACACACACAGAUGAGGACAGGUUUGUUUGUUGUUUUUUUUUUCUCGCUCUGUGUGUGUGUGUUUGUGUACGUAAAUGUGGUUAUGUGUAUUUUAUGUGUACGUUAUCUGCAGCAGGCCAGCGCACCCAGAGAGGUGUGGCUGUCCAAGCUGCUGUCUGUUUCUGAGGUCAUGGUGGGGUCACUGCUCGGGUCAGUGGGCUCUGUGGACAUGGACGAGACAUCGUUGGCUGACGAGGAGGAGGACGUGGGCUGAGGGGGGCUGUCGAUCACUGCUGCACCUGUGCUGCGAGAAACACACGUCAAAGCAUAGGUUUCAUUGACAUACACAACGGAGUGUCCAGAUCUGAUGAGACGAGUAUCACAUACAGAUGUAAGCAACGUCUUAAAAAACAAGAUACAACAGGGCGGAUUUUAAAGAUCACAGUUUAAAUCUAGUGUCAUUGUGUUUAAGUGCAGUAGAGCUUUAAAAAGGGGUGAGUCUGUAGCAAAGUAAUGUCAAAAUUAAAGAAUAAAUCACUUUAAUGCCACAAAAAUCAGAUAUGAUGCCAAAUUUAAAUACUCAAUGUUGAGAUUUAGUUGGACAUACUUGAUGAAAUGGACAUCUUUAAAAACAGAAGUGCAUUAGAAAAAGUAAAUUUGAUUUAUUCUUCAAUUUUUUUCAACAAGUUAGAACCACUUAUUUUUUUAUUUCCAGGCCUUGUCUGCCAUUCAAACUCUAAAUAAAAUCUAAAAUAUAACUUUAAAAUACUUUAAAUUUAUUCUAAAGCAUAAAAUAAUGACAAACUAAUUAUAAAAGCAUAAAAAGCUCAUUCAAAACAUGAAAAACUUUUGAGCAUACAUUUCAUAUGUAUUCACAGAAAUAUCAGAUUUUUGGGUUUUAUACUCCGUCACACACACAUAAAAAUACUGACAUGCUGUUUAAGAUGGUUCGAUGUAGCUAAGAAGUUCAACUUUUCAACCAAAUCCAUCCAAAGUUUAACCACCAAAAUCUAAAUAAACCCAGCAGAUAAGCAAAUAUAUAUUUGUGUACAUGUAUCAACAUUGUCAUCACCUGAUAUCUAUACUUUAACAAACAGAAAUACACAUGAUCUAAACUGAUUCGUCACUCCUACCUUCUCUAAUCUUCUAAAAUUACAAAGAUUACUCACCUAAAGGAGGCGGCUGGCCUCUUAUCACGCCGUUUUUUGUCCACUCCUCCCAUUCACUCACUUCUUUAUAAAUAAGCUCUACAAAUCAAAGAACAGAGGAAGGCUAAGUGGGUCGGGAGAGACAGUUUAUGUACAGUCAGAGUGUUUUGCAUACUGUAAAGUCCACACAGCAUCAUGUUUCUAAUUUGGACAUGCUAUGCUGGUUUGACCCCUCUAAAAAAAUGAGUGAGGGGUCAUUAUCACCUGGCAGGGGUGAGGAUGAGCUCAUCCUGCUGCGCGACUGAAAGUGAUAUUUACUCACAAUCUGACGCCCUCCACAUGCUCCACAGACUCAGGUUCCCCAGAGUGGAAAACACUCACUGAGGGCCUUUAAAAGGGGACUUCGUGUCAUGCAGCACAUGCCCUGGCAGCUGGAGUGGAGAUAUAGAGCUGCUUCGGGAACAAUUUCUGAGGCGAAAUGACUGAACGUCCAAACAUGAGCUGCCUGUAAUACCAUAUUACUUCAUGCUUUCUUUAAAAAUCAAAAAAUAGUUCUAUCUGAUGUCAUUUUAAAUUUUGACUAAUUCUAUAUUGAAGUUUACUGAAGUUGUUGCCCUCUAAUAAGUUCAAAUAUUCAGGCUCUAAUAUCGAUUACAACACUGGGUUUAGGUUUGAAAACUGAUUUGAUUUUCAACACUGAAAAGAAAGUGAAAAAUGCGGACGGACAAACAUCAGCAGGAAACAGCUUUGAUUACAAUAACAAGCAUCAGGUAACAGCUAACAUUAGCAGUCACCCGAUUCCUGGAUAACGUUACGAGCUAGCGUUUUUUUUUUUACUGUGUUUGUUCUGAUAAAUAUGUCCCUCCAUGUUUUCACUGCCAGUCUUCUGUCUACUCAAGUUUCAUACUUAAGUAGGGAAUUUUAGCAAUUGUCAGGUACGCUACAUUUAUAACACCUACAACCUGAAAUAGGAGGCAAGCGUAUCAUGGCCAUCCUGAGCAUCACCCUAAAAGAGGGCCGCUGUGUAAACACCUAAAAUAUUGAGUUCAAGGUAAAAAAAUAAGCGACACAUCUGCAUUUCUGUAUCUUCUCAGUUAUUCUCUCACUGAGUAAUCUGUGAAAUAAUAAUAAUCUGACAGAUUUCCUGUAUUUAAGUGGAAAAAAGCAGCAAGAUGUUAAUAACACAGCUAUUCAAGCGUCCCACGACAAUGAGGCACCAAAACAGAGAGUCGGACAUUUGAACUCAGUUAAUGCUGACUGACCGAGUCUUCAUAUUUUACUCAAAAAAAUCAGUAGUUUAUCCUUUUAAACAGUUAAAAACUCCACAGAGGAACUUUAAUAAGACCUGUGGUGACCUCAGGAGCUUAAGGGUAAAUAACAGGAAUCACAAUCGCAGGAAUCAUGAUAUGCUUUCUGACCUUUCCACUCCUCCACGGUAUGCUCUCGCUCAUCCAGCUGUUUGUCGAGGAUCUUCGGAGGAGGCUAAGAAAGACAAAAAGGUGCAUAAUAUGGUGCACGGGUGCUUUUAGGGCAAAGCCAACUUUCCACUUAAGCUUGAGAAGUUAAAAUCUCAUAAAAGCCAUUUAAGGAUCAUGCACUCCUAUCAGCGAUCCACUUACCGCCUCUACUUCAGCCGGGUCGUACCAAACAUUAAUAUAAGGAUGCUGCAGAGCCUCGUCCACAGAGAUGCGCUUUGAGGCAUCAAUCACCAACAUCUUGGACAGGAGAUCUCGGGCUUGGC